UUACUUUCUGUAUAUAAAAAAUGUAUAAAUAUAAAAAUGAAGUCACACACAAAUCUUCAUAAAAUUUUUUUGACAUAUUCAUACGACAAUCGUAGGAGGCUGUAGUACUGCGUGUUAUAUUAAACUUUGAACUAUCUCUGAGGUUUCCUUGACAUUCCUUCAUGAGACAUUGUUGCUAACUAUUAUAAAGCACUGUUCACUACAGAUAAAAACGACGGCAGAGGUGAGAUUGUCCACGCGUGGAGAUGAGACAUUCGCGUGAUCGCGAGAAUAUUCAUUAUCAUUGUUGCAAAAUUAUGUGAUCAUGAAUCACUCGAUAGAGUUCGAGUGAUUUUGCUCAAACUACUGGCACAUGUGGAUAUAAAAAAUUAUGGCAAUGAAGAGAAUAACAGAUGAACUUGUUAAUUUGUAACUUGGUUUAUGACCUGCAACGCUGAUUUAAAAUGGCCACUGAGGAGUAUAAAUUAGUUGGUGAUCGAUCAGGGUCUAUGAGCAGCAGCAGCGGAGAUGAAAGUGAUAUAAAACCAUCUCGUAGAAGACGUGGUGGUGAUACCCAGCAUAGUGCUUCAAAUAGAGCAGAAAUUCAGAGUUCUGGUUGUAUACUUGAUGAGAAAUAUCCUUGUAGCGUGUGGUUCAUUUUGGGAAAUGAAGUUUGUGAAAGAUUCUCGUAUUAUGGUAUACAUACAAUCCUUGUGCUGUAUCUUACGAGCAUGCUUAAAAUGGACAAUGAACGAGCAACAGCCAUAUACCAUGCCUUCAACAUGUUCUGUUACUUUAGUCCCCUCUUUGGUGCAAUCAUUGCUGACAGCUUUUUGGGAAAAUACAAAACUAUAUUAUAUGUAUCAAUUAUCUAUGGAAUAGGAAAUAUUAUUGUUGCAGUUACUGCAGUACCAUCUAUAUUGAACUCUGUAAAAUUAGCUGGACCUAUGGUGGGUCUAUUAUUAAUAGCUUUGGGAACAGGUGGAAUUAAACCUUGCGUUUCUGCAUUUGGAGGUGACCAGUUUGGUCCAAAUCAGCAACAUCUUUUAGAGAGUUUUUUCUCCAUCUUCUAUUUUUCUAUCAAUUUUGGAAGCUUGUUGUCGAUGAUAGUAACGCCAGUGUUGAGAGGGGAUGUUUCAUGCUUUGGUAAUGAUUGUUAUAGUCUGGCAUUUGGUGUUCCUGCCGGAUUGAUGAUUAUUUCUAUAAUCGUAUUUGUGGCUGGGACACCAAGGUAUAAAAGGAAUCCUCCAUCUGGAAAUGUUGUUGUCCAAGUGAUAUCAUGUAUUUUUCAUGCAGCACGAAGAAGAUGCAGUUCGGUUGGUCGUCGUGUAGCAAAACAGCAUUGGCUGGAUUGGGCUGAGGAUAAAUAUAGCAAAGCUAUGGUAUCUGAUGUUAAGGCUUUACUUCGAGUGCUAUUCAUGUUUCUACCUUUACCUCUGUUCUGGACGUUGUUUGAUCAACAGGGGUCUAGGUGGACACUACAGGCAGAGCUGUUGGAUGGCCACAUUGGUGACCUAUUAACUAUCAAACCAGAUCAAAUGCAGGCUCUUAAUCCUAUCUUUAUUCUGGUUCUUAUUCCAAUAUUUGAAAGAAUUCUUUAUCCAAUUAUGAGAAAAUGUGGAUUUGCUUUAAGACCCUUGCAAAGAAUGUGUUUUGGGAUGUUCUUGGCAAGUAUUUCAUUCUUAAUGGCAGCUUUUUUGCAGCUAAAUAUUCAGGCAACAACAAUCAGGCAUCACCCUGCGCCAUUUAGACAAUCAAAUUUAAGAGUCAUCAAUGCAGCUCGUUGUUCACUGAAUGUCACAUUUGCAAAAUACCCUUCAUUGAUCUUGAAUAUUCCUCAAAGAUCUGCAAGUGACUAUUUGGUCCUCCCAUCGUAUGUGAACGAAGUCUUUGUCAGAGCAGACAAAUGUCCGCAGUCACCCACAUUGGCCUAUUUCAAAAAAGAAGAGGUUUUCCCACUGUCUUUAGUGUCCAAGAAAUCUUUUGAGUUGGUCAUCUCCAAUUAUCAAGGGAAAUUUUCAUUCAAACAGUUCAGAAUAAAAUUUCUCAAUAAAAUAAAAAGUGGUACAUCACGUGUGAGGUUCAUUCAUGCUGGUGCUGCAGUUGUUCCAAAAAUUUCUAUCAAAUUAAAUAGCACAUUUUCUAUCAAGAAUUUAACAAGAUUAAAUGCAACCCAAUAUCUCAGACUAAAGUCUGAAAGGUAUGACAUUGAAGUUAUAGAUGGUAAUACUAAUAAAGUUAGGUUGAAGGAAAAAAUAGAAUUUGAAAACAGUGGAAUGUACACAGUCAUUGUCCAGGGAAAUCCUGUUACCCCAGACAAUCCUGAGCUUAUCUUGGAAAAAUAUGUUGAAGUUAGUGCAAAAACAGUUCCAAUGUUUUGGCAAAUCCCUCAGUAUCUGGCAAUCACUUCAGCUGAAGUCAUGUUCUCCAUCACUGGACUUGAAUUUGCUUAUUCUCAGUCUCCACCAAGUAUGAAGUCUUGUAUUAUGGCCGCAUGGUUAUUGACUGUUUCUGUUGGAAAUUUGAUUGUGGUUAUCUUCGCUGAAGCUCGUUUCUUUUAUAAUAUGGCCUACGAGUUCUUCUUUUUUGCCGGUCUGUUGGUUGUGGUUGUGAUCAUAUUUGCAGUGAUGGCUCAGUUUUAUACGUAUGUCUGUGAAGGAAGCAUGCAAGUCAAUGAACUCAAUGAAGAUAACCAAAUUCUGCUUGAAGAGACUGAAGAUGACAAUGGUUGAUAUCUGGUACUACUUAAUACUCUUUCUCAGUGUAUUCAUAAGGCAACGGGAAUUAUUGCUUGAAGGUCGUUGUGUACAAAUGAACACAAAAUGGAAUAUUUUACAAGCAAUUGAUUUUAAUUUAAUUUAUUGUCGUGUGACUAAAAUAAUAAAUAUGUUUGUGUUUAAAUACAAAAGUGCGAAGUUUUACAUCUAUCAGGCAAUUUUUUUCCUGCCCAACCUUUUUUGUUUAAUGUUCUUAUUGCGCCAAAAAAUGUGAGUAUUUGAACAGCAGGCACAGUUGUGUAGUGGUUAAUAAGACAGUUGACUGACAAGUUAAGAGGUGGUGGUUCGAAUCUGUGAAGGGUAAAAAAAGAAAAGAGUGAAUUAUUGAGUAGAACUGUUGGAAGAAAGGUUUAAGUUUGCCAGAAGAUGGAGCAGAUUUCAACAGCAGCCAGUGUGGUGUAAUGGUUAAUGCAAUUGACUGACAAGUUAACAGUUGGUGGUUCGAACCUGUUGAGGGUAAAAAAAAGAAAAGGAAUUAAAUGAAUUAUUAAGUAGAAAUGUUAAAAGGAAGGUUUAAGUGUGCCAGAAAACACUAGAGAAAAAAACUAAGUAGAAAAAAAACUAGAGAAAUAGAAGAAAAAAAACAGA